AUGGCCGCCCUUGAUCAAAAACAGCCUAAGCUUAUCGCAGUACUUGGAGCCACAGGAAACCAAGGUCGAGGUAUUGUCAAGGCCCUUCUAGAUGCACCUCACCACUUCGAUGUCCGUGCGAUCACCCGAGAUCCAGAUGGCGCGGCUGCUCGAAACCUUUUAGCCUUGGUCGGCCAUCACGGGAGGCUUACACUUACCCGCGGCGACGUCUAUGACUCGAAGAGUUUGGCAGAGGCAUUCGAAGGCUCCUAUGGCGUUUUCGCCAUGACGCAGAGUUUCGUUGCGGGAACAAUGUACCACCAAGAGGAAGACCUACGGCACGAGCUCGAGGCUGGGCGGAAUAUUGUCGAUGCCGCUGAAAAGACCGGUGUCAAGCAUUUUAUCUUCAGUAGUUUGCCAAACAUCGAGAACGCUAGCAACGGGCGCUACAGCAAGGUGUUCCAUUUUGACUUCAAAUCACGGAUUGACCAGUAG